AUGACAACAGAGACUACUACUACACCAACGAUGUUAUACGAGAGCGAGAGAUUGGGAUUCACAUUGUUAAGGGAGGGACUUGAUGAACAAUUCUCAAUGGACUUGUUCAAUGAUCCAUUGUGUCUGAGGUUCAUUGGUAAGCGCGACUUGAUCUCACUGGACAAGGCAAGAGAGUGGAUACUCAGUGGACCGGUCAAAUCAUAUAAUGACAAUGGUUAUGCGAUGUACAAGGUUGUGAUCAAGGCCACCAACACACCAAUUGGUAUAUGUGGAUUCAUAAAGAGACGACCUGGUGAACACGAGGAAGACAUCAAUAUUGGAUUCGCAUAUCUCAGUGACUAUCGAUCACAAGGUUAUGGAUAUGAAGCUGCCAAGCGCACUAUUGAAGUAGAGUGUCCCAGAUUGAAAGUUCACAGAGUUGGUGCCAACGUGGCCUUGGAGAACCAAGCAAGCAAGAACCUACUCAAGAAGCUUGGAUUCGUCUUUAACAAAUCAAUCACAAUACCAACAUUUGAUCAACAACUAGAUGUAUUCGCACUUGUCCUGCCCCAGGAGUGA